CGGCUCUCCCGGGGAGCGGCCCGGGACUGCACCGGGACCGGCGCCUCCCCGCUCCGCGCUGCCCUCGGCCUCGCCCCGGGCCCGGGCGGAUGAGCCGCGCGCCGGGGGGACAUGGAAGCGCUGACGCUGUGGCUUCUCCCCUGGAUAUGCCAGUGCGUGUCGGUGCGGGCCGACUCCAUCAUCCACAUCGGUGCCAUCUUCGAGGAGAACGCGGCCAAGGACGACAGGGUGUUCCAGCUGGCCGUCUCCGACCUGAGCCUCAACGAUGACAUCCUGCAGAGCGAGAAGAUCACCUACUCCAUCAAGGUCAUCGAGGCCAACAAUCCGUUCCAGGCUGUGCAGGAAGCCUGUGACCUCAUGACCCAGGGGAUUUUGGCCUUGGUCACGUCCACCGGCUGCGCGUCUGCCAACGCCCUGCAGUCCCUCACAGACGCCAUGCACAUCCCACACCUCUUUGUCCAGCGCAACCCGGGGGGGUCGCCACGCACCGCCUGCCACCUGAACCCCAGCCCUGAUGGCGAGGCCUACACGCUGGCCUCCAGACCACCCGUGCGCCUCAACGACGUCAUGCUCCGGCUGGUGACAGAGCUGCGCUGGCAGAAGUUUGUCAUGUUCUACGACAGCGAGUAUGAUAUCCGUGGCCUCCAAAGCUUUCUGGACCAGGCCUCGCGGCUGGGCCUUGACGUCUCUUUACAAAAGGUGGACAAGAACAUCAGCCACGUGUUCACCAGCCUCUUCACCACCAUGAAGACGGAGGAGCUGAACCGCUACCGGGACACGCUGCGCCGCGCCAUCCUGCUGCUCAGCCCGCAGGGGGCCCACUCUUUCAUCAACGAGGUGUAA